AUGUUUCAGAAUGUGGGGUACCACUUAGAAGACAUACGCGGCAACCACGCGAACGUUCUGCAGGACAGCUGCGAAUCAUCAGAGGCAGAGAAUCUAAGAGAGGAGCGUGGCCUUGGCAGUGAGCUGUUCAAUUUACCGAUACCGGCGCUGUGGACAGCGGUGUUGGGUGAAUGGGAUAGAGCUGAGCAGCGCGGAGCUUACGUCCCCAUAGAGAGGAUAGUGCUACACCACCGAUUCUUCAACUAUCAACACGAUAUAGCACUUAUGAAAAUGACUAAGCCAGCAGACGUAAGCGCAGGAAGCAAGAUUCGCACCAUUUGUCUGCCUCCAUUUGCGCCUUCUGCCAGUUUCGAUGAAACAAAGGUUUCUGGAUUUUAUUCCCGGCCGGUACACAACGAACCGCCUAAAAGAAAACCCACAAAGCCGCCCAAACCAAGUCCAGAUACUGCAAACAAAUACCUGGAGAAACUCAACAAUUUAACGAAUUCAGUGUUUUCUGGUUUUACAAGUAAAAAACACAAAAACUUAAGGUACAACGUAAGAGUAGCUAACGAUUCAAAUAAACAAGUGGACAAAAAUAUUGAUGAAGAAUUAAAUAGAAGUGAUAAAGAAAGAACGAAAAGUGAUUUAGUGUAUGACAGUGCAACUUUGGAUAGUGUUGUAAAAUUGAUUCGGAAUCAGUUAUCUAGAGCGAUGCGUGUGAAUUUAAAUGAUAGAAGUGAUAAAAAGUUGAUGUUUGGUGAAGAGAUAGAUCCCUUUAUCGAAAGUAACAAUGGGAUCGAUUUCAAAGAUGAGUGUUAUGCGACAGGUUGGGGUAGAGAACAAACGAAUGGAACACUGACAGACGUUCUGUUGGAAGCGGAAGUGCCAAUACUGCCGCUGAGGAUUUGUAGAGAUAAGUAUUCCCUCACUCUUCCACUGAACGAGGGACAUUUGUGCGCUGGUAGCACAGAUGGCAGCACAGGAGCUUGUGUAGGUGACAGUGGGGGACCCCUACAAUGCCGGUCUGGAGGGCGCUGGGAGCUCCGGGGACUCACAUCCUUCGGUUCAGGAUGCGCCAGGAGAGGCGUUCCUGAUGUCUACACCAAUAUAGCACAUUACGUCUCUUGGAUCUACGCUCAUGUCUACGCAACAUAG